AUGACAGUGCGGCUCUGGGACACAGCAACGGGCGGUCUGCAGCAGACCCUCGAGGGCCAUUCAGACCCGGUUGAUUCGGUGGCGUUCUCGCCCGACGGCCGGCUGCUGGCGUCCGGCUCUUACGAUAAGACAGUGCGGCUCUGGGACACGGCGACAGGCGGUCUAAGCAGGCAGACCUUGAAAGCCACGGGAAUGGCCACCAAACUCGAAAUUUAUCAAGAUGAACAGUAUUCUGGCCUCGAUCCAUGUUAUCCGAACUCUGAAGAUACGACCCAUGGUUCUACCCUCGUUCGUAUCCGUUCCUUCGGUAUUGAGUAUAUCAAGGAAGAUUUCCACAAGCACAAAGGCUUGCAGCCAAUCGGUUACAUAGGCGGUCCGUCGGAGAUGUCGUCGAUUAAUAAGCUAUAUCAGGCUCUGGACAAAGACACACCCUUUCUCGAUACCGAAGGAUCGAAUAAGCCCAGUCCUUGACAUUAGUCUGUUAUUUCCUUAACGAUGAAGAGCUGGUUCUGGAUGCGAAAAUGACCCUC